CCACCAAACGCGAUACUCUACGCAGAGCACUGAUUUUAGUACUUGAGUUUCUUCUUGUUCUCUCGCCAUUAAGUUACCCCAUACCCUGGGUAGUAACAAUGUUUUUCACAAGCUAGUGUCAUAAAGUUCCUUAUCCAUUCUGAACGCACGGUGUUCAACAGGGUUAUGAAUUUCUUAUCAGGGACGGAAACGACCACAACAGCUCUCCGAUCUUUUUUUUCUUCUGAAUGUAGGUAAAACUCUGCUUAUGCGUACGCAGGGGCAAUCAAGCGUGUAGAUGAUUUUGAUUGACAUUAUAGGUCUUUUUAAUUCGAGCCGAGCCGCAUUACAAUUAGUCCGCGAAAGGAAAAGAGGGCCGACACUCCGAAAUACGAGUAAUGCUCGCUGGCGUUCGAGUACACUGCUGUUGAUGAAUGAAAGCCGUAGUAGGUUUAAUUUGUUUUAUAAAUCGUAGGCCUUUGUCAAACACAUGCGCCUUAACGGAGGAUAUAUAUAACAUGGAGUACGAAGUCUAUGGCCCAAAUUGAAUACAACUUUGACCGAAGAACAACAGAAAUUCAUCUUCCAAUGAUAAAUCUUCAGGAUUUUUUUUUUAAUUUAGAAAACAAGAAAAGAAAAUAACUACUGCAACUUGAAGACUAUGGGUUAUCUGACGAUUGCAUGUUUAGUGUUGUUGGAUAUUUUCUGUAACUCUGUGCAUAGCUUUGGUACCUACCCAAGACGGUACAACCGAGACUUAGACGGAGGGAACAACUGUCCCACUCAAUGUAGGUGUAUGAACCUUAAUCAUCGGGGGACCCGGAAUGUAUUAGACGCCGUGGAAGGAGGGAGUCGAUGGACUGCAAAAGGAUUUGAGGAACUGACGGAGAUGAUGAGCGAUGCCCCCACCGUCAGCGGGCGAAGUAUGGUCUGUCAGGGCCUUAGAAGGGUCCCCUCUCCUAUACCCUCAGAUAUAACGAAGCUAACCAUUUACGGCGACAGCAGUUCCGGUGUACCGGAAACGGUAGCGGACCAGCCUCGUGGCGACAUCCAGCGGGCUCCUCUGAUAUCCGACACCCAGAUCCGAUAUAUAGAAACCAACUCCUUCCGGGACAACACGGAAAUGAAGGAAAUUACCAUGUCUGGAAACAACAUUGGAAUUCUCUACCCUUACACAUUCCAGCACUUACGGUCUCUAGAAGUCCUGAUAUUCCCAAAUAAUAACGUACGCCAUCUAUCGGCGGCCGUUUUUAACGGUCUCACUUUAUUGAAGCAGCUUCAGCUGUCUGACAAUAUGUUCCGAUUCCUGCCGAGUACUGUAUUUGACGAUCUACAAGAACUUAAGAUUUUGAAUUUGAAUGGCAAUAAAAUUAGAUACAUCCAACGAAAUCUCUUUGCUCCAUUGAAGAAACUUGAAAUAUUGGACCUUUCUCGAAACAACAUCACCGAUUUAUUUGAUGACGUCUUCAGUGCUAACACUGAAAUUAAAGAAUUGCUUCUGAAUGGAAACCGGCUUUGGAAAAUCCGUGCCAAAUGGUUUGAGAAUUUAACUAACCUACGGAGUCUUUCACUCCGAGGUAACGUUAUAAAGUCGAUCGAAUCUCGAACAUUUACGAAUCUCUUUAACUUGGAAGAACUACUGCUGUCCGCUAAUCACAUCAGUCAAGUCAAGGAUAAUGCGUUCGAAAGUCUGCGAGACUUAAAGAUCCUUGAUUUGGCUACAAACGACAUAGCAGACAUUCCAAAGAUGUCAUUUUUUCAACUCGAAAGUUUAGAGGAAAUGUAUUUGGGUGGAAACAAAUUGCAGACAAUUAGAAACUACACUUUUUAUCACGUCAAAUUCUUAAAAACAUUAGAUAUUUCACGAAAUCUCGUUGAAAAUAUAGAAUACGGAGCAUUCCAUCAACUUCGUUUGGUCCAAGAACUCGACCUCUCCCAUAAUAAACUACGAAAAGUUGAGAAAGACUUAGUUUUGGGAAUGGAUGAACUCAAAGACAUUAACAUGGAAUACAACUUUAUUAGUGACAUUGAAAGCGAAGCGUUUAAAACCACCACAAGCUUUAUGUCGUCCAAAGUGUCCGUCCUUGAUCUCCAAGGCAACGAUCUACGGAAGAUAGGGGCGGAGAGUUUCAAGGGGCUUCCUCAAUUAAAAUCUCUUGAUAUGGGAAAUAAUAAAUUGAGACGAGUGCAUAGUAUGGCAUUUUCUAGUUUGAGCAACUUAAGAAAACUUACUCUCAGUAACAACAAAUUAAAAAAUAUCAAUAAUGGUUUAUUUUCAAACCUCGUGAGGCUGCAGGAACUAGAUUUGUCUACUAAUAAGUUUCAAUCAGUACCAUCGAACGCCUUCAGCGGUCUUGUUGACCUUCAGGAUCUUAACAUCGCUUACAACAGCAUCUAUGAUCUCUCAGACAAUGCCCUCCGUACCCUGCGGCACUUAGUCCUUCUUGAUAUGAAGGGUAACAAACUCCUCCACUUCAACUUCACGUGGAUAUCGAACCUGCCCCAAUUGUCCAGUGUCGAUCUCUCGUCUAAUUAUCUGUUCUGGAUAGACGUCCCUGAAAGUGUCAAACUGAGCCUCAAGGAAUUCUCAAUCGCUAAUAAUAAUCUUAAAACGGUACCCUCUGGCGUAAAAAAGAUCCUCGCUCAAUCAGCUUUUGUUGACUUGACGGGCAACGCUAUGGACUGUAAUUGUAAGCUGAGAUGGCUUCUAGAUCCAGGCCUAUCAAGCUACAUACACGUGGAUAAGAUGGAUGAAAUUAUUUGCAAAAGUCCUGAUAGACUUCACGGUCGUAAGUUGAUGCAUCUAAUGGAUACUGAUCUGAAAUGCAUGGGCAAUGCCAGUCAACAGAAUCACCCUUCAUUAAUGUGCAGUGCUUUGACACUUCAGCAGAAAUCUACAAUGUCAGCGAGACUUGGAAACAAACUUUCAAUCCGUCGACAUGCCACAAUCUAUGACAACCGUCGACAGCCAAUAGCUAACGGUAUCGUUAUUGGGGAAGGCUGGAUCUUAACGGUAGGAACAGCUAUGGAGUCCGCGGAACAAUCGACGAUGAACUCCAGGUUUAGCAUCAGGAUCGGGCGUGCAAAGAAGCCCUUGCGAAUCGUCAGCAUCCUGCCUCACCCAUUAGUCCCCAUGAAAAUGCAGCAGUACAAUGUGGCACUGAUUCGGUAUGUAACCGGGAAAAAGAAGAAGGAAAACAUUGAAUAUCCGUGCUUUUUAACGCAAAGCCAGUACGAAUCAGUUUCCAAGAUUGUUCAGAAGGUGUCGUUUACUACAAGACUUACCUCAAAAAGACGGAACGCUAAACUUAAACCCAAGAAAGGGCGCCUGUCCCGAACGUGCUUCAGCGAAAAGUUUAUCUGCUCGAAAGUCAAAGCAGGAAGACAAAAGAAAAACGAAAGCAUGCUAAUCGAUGGAUCACCUCUGUAUUUAGGAAAACCGGGUGAUUCAAAGAUGGCGGGCAUAGGAGUUUAUAUGAAGACUAUUAGAAAUAAAUUUGAAUACGCUUUCAUUCCUAUUUGGUCAGUUUCCGAUUGGAUAGGGACAGUGAUGAAAGAAUUUGACUCAAAAUGCACAUUAAACAAAAGAAGUGCAAAAUGUGAAAAUCUGAAAUUGCCUUCAAUAGAGGACAUGAUUAUGGAAUUGCAGCCAAUGGAAGAGCAUUAGAAUAUGUGACGUCAUUCCCUCCACCAAUGGAAGAGCAUUAGAAUAUGUGACGUCAUUCCCUCCGCCAAUGAAAGAUAAUUAGCAUAUGUGACGUCAUUCCCUCCGUCUUACUGCAAAAAAAGAGAAGAAAUCCGUCAUAUCAUUACCGCAAAAUACCAACAACCUAUUGACUCCGUUUCAUCACUUGACUUUUAUACGCAUUGAACAUAAUGCUUCUGUGUUAUCUAAGUUCCAUUUUGUUAAUUUGUCUCAGUAAUAUGAUCAUUGCCGUAAGAUGGCAUCUUGUCAUAGUCCAUGGUUGUUAUUUAAUUACUUAUUUAUUUAAAUUUUGAUGUUGUGCAUCAAAAUGCAUGUGUCUUAUCAAUAUAAUUACUUCAUUAGAGUAUUUGUCAGCCAUAACAAUUUCCAUUUUCUCAUGUUGACAUUUCCAUAACAAUAACUACAUGAAUAAUUGGUCUGCAUUGUACAUAUUCAUCACCAUCAUUUUUAAUUUAAGAUUUCAUUUUAGUUCAAUGUUGUAUGUGUUAUUUUCACAAAUCAAGUCAUUUUUUUUAUAUUUUUUACAAUAUCAGAAUGUUCCAAUCUUUGACAUUUUAUAUUUUGUUAAUAAAAAUUGUUGAGCUGUU